UCCGUAUGCACAACAUGCAAAAACACCGUGCAAUGCUUGCUUGGUCAUGCAGUGUAUUAUCCACGAUUGUAGCCCCAACAUAAUGUCCGCUCCAUCAUCUACUUUCGUCCACCCUGAGUCCCAAAUGCUGAGUCAACUUGACUUCAACGAGAUGCCUAACUCGGAAGCCACCGAACACGAUCCAUUAUCUACCUAUAUUACACUCCUCACAAACCAAUCUGUGCAAAAUCAAGGAUACCAUGGAGCGCCUGAAUGGGACGACGUCUCAGCCCAGCUCCUGCAUCAUUAUGCCUCUCCCUUAGCCGAGGGUACCGACGCCGAGCUCAGUGGUCUGUUCUGCGUUACCGCCGCAGAACAAUCCUCUGACGACUCACCCAGCAGGAGUAUUGGACAAUCGAGUCCUCGCCCUGUCCACUCUUCCCAAAACGCCGAUCUUGGUGUCCUUCUCAGUAAUGACCUGACGACAAAGCGAAACCCUCGCAAGCAAAAUCAUUCCUGCGACCAGUGUCGGACUGCAAAAAGAGCUUGCAGCCUGCAGCAAAACGUAUCUAUCAACGGGCAGAAGCCAACAACUCCUUGCACAACAUGCGAUGUGCGCGGGUUAGAAUGCACAGUGGCAUGGCUGGUCAACAGGAAGUUCCAACAACAGACCCGAAAGAGGCCCAGGACUACGUCUUAUGCUCAAAGUACGGAUACUGUGGUAGGGCCUUGUAUCGUGGCUUGCUCAGAAGGACAGGCAGAUACGCCCCCGGUUGACCGUAGAGCAUUCGUAUUAUCUAGAGAAGAUGACCUCGCCCGUCAGCUGGUUGGGCGUGAUAUGCUUUCACAGAGAUUUAGCUUGUAUGUCGAUGUUAUCGAUAUGCCACUCUCCCAAUGCCUGUUGCAAGGAAGCAUGCACCCUCGCUAUAAUCUGGGAAUCGCGGCAUUAGGGCCCCUCAGCGACAGCGGCCACAUGUCCGUCUAUUUCGACCAUGCCAAUACGUGGGUUGGGAGCUGUUGGGAAAAGCAAACGAGUUCAUGGGCGUCAACGGUGGUAGCACCACAUUUAUUCCACGCAGUCAGUUUGCUGGACUCCCUCUUCCAGUACAAUGGCAUCCAACCAGGUCGUGGAUCCACAUCGCGUAAUGCGUCAAUUACAGAGACCUACAAAUUAGUCACAAUCGCAACUGGGGCACAGUUCGCAGUUUCCAACCAUCAAACCCAGGACCCGAGUCAGCCAGAGCAGUGGGACCCACAUUUGCAUUCUCGAGAUAUCGCGACAAAUACUUGGCGUCAGGCUAAGGAGCUCUUGUUCAGGAACAUUUCAUCCGUCCGCUCGUUUCGACUCGCAGUAUCUCUACUUCUUUUCGGCCUUAUCCCAGCCCCAAACCCGGGCGACGAAUCCUCUACAUUCGAAGAAGAUGCAACCUUUGCUCUUUGUGAAGGUGUCCGACGCGUUAAAAUGCUGUGUUCUCAGGCACGAGCUUGCGUUCUCGCGUAUGAAAAAGAGGGAACCUCUCGCUGCUCCAAAGCAAAACCCUACUUAGUACAGAUGCUUCCCAAAGAUGUCCGAGAAAAUAUUCUGGAGCUCAUUGCUGCUAUUGAGUGGUUGAGUAUCAUGACCCACUCUGUGACCGUUGUGUUAUCUGGCGGGAAGACCUGUCCCCUGCCGCCUCUGGAAAUGUGUGAUACCGCUGUCGAGAGCCCCGAACUCGCGAAAGAGUCGAAUCGGUCUUCAAGCUUUGAUCUCUCGUCAGUAGUCCUGUUGCAUAACUAUGAGAUCGAAAACUCGAUUGCCUCACGAGCAAAGGAAGGUGAAUGUGCGUUGAUACCACUGUUGUGCAAGAAUAGCUCGGAGGAUCUUGUGCUUCAGGCGGCCAGACAGUCGGGUGCAGUGGAGAUCCUCUUGUGGAUAUGUCUGGCUUCCUUUACCCUGGAUAUCGAAAAUAUCAUGAACGGUAAUCCAAACUAUGAAGUGGUUCGCCGACAGUAUACCAUUGCUCUUAGGCUGGUGGAACUGUGGAGAUUGUCGUUUGGCACACUUGACGACAAGACGGUAUUUUGCCUUGAACGCUUGACCUCUGAUAUACGACGGCUGGCUGGAUUUUGUUUGAAUGACGGUGAUCUAGCCAUUUUGGCAUUCUGUGCAACUGCACAGAGACUCGAAACAUACCUGGAAGGACAGCCAUCGACCCCGCAAACAGAAUCUCUCGCUAGAACGCUGCGAUCAUCGAGGUCGUACCGCGGAAAAAUCCGGCUUCUUGCUGCGCAGCAGCUGGCUACCUUUGCCAAGGUAUCGCAAGGAAUUGCAAGUCCUGGCUUUCAAGGAAAGUAUGGCUUGAAAGCCCACAUUCAGGAUAUUGCCGCACACCCGUACCCCAAAAUGGUAGCCCAAGCCCAUGCCUCCGCGGCCAGAGCUUUUGCGGAUGAGGUUCAAAAUAUGGUCGCUAGAUUGGAUAUGGAGGGAGCUUGUGAGAUGACAGCGGGACAGGAUUCCUGUCUGCAGGUGCUUCGUGGGCUUCAGGGAGCGCUGGUGACGCUACCGGAUUUACAUCAUCUAUGAAGAUACAUUUUAGCUAUUUAGUUAACUAAGUUGACUCGUUAACUAACGUAUUUCACCAGCGAGCGGGCCACACCGCCGAGCGGGCCACCCACCCUCAUUAGAAAUUUUCAAAAUCGAUUAAUU